CUUCCACCGUGAGCUAUCGGUUAGCGAAGUUAAUGUUCUGGAGGAACACGCUAAAUUUAAGGUUACAGCGGACUCCCCCCACGUGCAUUGAUGCCUUCAGCGUUUCAAUAAUGCCCCUCCAUUUCGCCAUCUGAAUAUAUAUAGCUUUAAUUGAACUUUCGUCUGCCACAAUUCUUUUUCCUCAUCAACCAACAGUCAAUCACCAAGAUAUAUGUUCAAAAUGGCUACCGAAGCAGCAGCAAAAACAUUCUUCACCGCACAACAUUUCGCAGUCGUAGGCGCAUCCAGCGACCCCACCAAGUUCGGCCACAAGAUAUUCACAUGGUACACACACCACAACCUCCCCGUAACACCCAUCAACCCUUCCAGCUCCACCAUCAAAGCCUUCCCACCCUACCCCGACCUUGAAAUCAAAUCCUACGCAACCCUUCCCAACCUGUCCGCUCUGCCCGACCCCACACAAACAUCUGUAUCGAUCAUCACACCCCCGAAGGUCACGAUCAAGGUGCUUGAGGAGGCGAAGAAGUUGGGUGUCAAGGGGGUUUGGUUGCAGCCUGGGAGUUUUGAUGAUGAGAUUUUGGGGUUUGCCAUGAGGGAGUUUGAGGGUGCUGCUGUGGGAGGAGAUGGAGGGAGGGGGAGUGAGGGGUGGUGUGUGCUUGUUGAUGGGGAGAGGGCGGCGAAGGCGGCGGGGAAGAGCUUUAAGUUGUGAGGGGAAGGGAAAGCGGGGAGGUAUAGGUGAUUGAGUGGUUAGACGUGGAUUGAGAGGGAUGAUGAGAUACCAGAUUGACAUUGUCGCUGUACAGUUCCGUGGUAUCGACAUGUACAAGUCAAGCGCGUGGUAAUAAGAUUAGCCCGGUUGAUUUGGCUGUUCAAUAAAUCUCUAGUCAGCUAAUGAGCUGUUUUGGAAGGCAUAGUUACUUCGGAUGGAUCUGAAGUAAGCAUUUCUGGUCUUCGGUCUGCUAUGGUCUCGCACGAACGAACACUCCAUAUCUUCGCACUUGAUCGCUUCUUCGAUAUCAACGAAUAGAUGGGGGUUUAGGUUAAUACUCAGAUCCCCAUCCUAAACAGUAAAUGUUCCACUCUUCACGGAAUUUCGACGAAAGCUGCAAAGUAACAAUUUAUACAAUAUUUUAUUUUCUGACAUCUUAAUUCCAAAUGAACGCUUUGAAAUCAAG